AUGAGAAAAUCCAUCUCCACCUUCCUCACACACCUCCCCAUCUUCACCUCAAAACCUUCCUUCUUCGCCUUCCCCUUCGCCCUCUCCUCCCUCCUCCUCCUCCCCCUCUCCUCCUCCUCCCCCGCCUUCCCCUCAACCCUCUCUCUCCUCCGAUCCCUCUUCCUCUCCUCCGGCUUCCCCCCUUCCUCCGAUCUCUUCCCAUUCCUCACCUUCAAACUCACCCACACUCUCCUCUCCUUCCUCUUCCUCCUCCCUCUCACCCUGUCCUCUCUCCUCCUCUCCAAAUCCUUCGUAAUCCGAACCCUCUUCCCCACCACCACCUCAUCAUCAUCAUCACUAUCACUCCUCUUCCCACUCGUAGUUACUUAUCUAUGCAAUGUGCUCGUCAUUCUCUCUGCAAACAUUGCAUGCUUCUCUCUCCUCGUCAUCCUCCUCAACCUCUCGGGAGAUCACGCUUUUCUAGUGGCCGCGUCGGCCGCAGGGGCCGUCGCGUACUCGAUCGUCGCGGCGAACGCGUACGUCGUCUGCGGAAUGGCUCUGAUCGUUUCGGGAGCGGAGGGGAUAAUGGGGUUCCGGGCGGUGAUCAAGGCAUGGGAUGUUGUGGUGGUGAGGGGAAAGGCUACGGCUACAGCGCUGGCGCUGGCCGUGUCGGUGAAUGCGGCGCUUGCAGGGGUCGAGGCGAUUUUUCACUACCGAGUCGUGGUGGUGAGGGUGAUGAGCUGGCAUGUGGCUGCGGAGGCAGUGGUGAUCGGGUAUAUGUACGCGGUGGUUCUUGUGGUGGAAGCCAUUUUCGGAUGCGUGUUGUAUAAGGCGGUUACGGGUAGUUCGGAGAGAGGAGACGGCGGAAGGUCGAUUUUCGGGGGAAAGGAGAAGUUGUUGAAGAUGGUGGUGUGA